AUGCUGCUUAAGGGUAAGGUAGCGUUGAUCACCGGCGCAGGUCGGGGAAUAGGUCGUGCCAUUGCUCUGGCCUUCGCCCGCGAAGGAGCACAGGUCGCCGUGACCGGCCGCAACAUCGACCGCCUGGCCCAAGUGGUUGACGAGAUACGCGCCGGCGGAGGCGAGGCUGAGGCCUUCACCUUGGACGUGACACGGGAGAGUGAUGCCCUCAGCGUAGUCGAGGAAGUCGUCGGUAAAUGGGGCAGUAUUGACCUGCUCGUCAACAACGCCGGGGUCAUCACUUAUCACACCCCGGUAUGGGAGACAUCUCCGGAACAGUGGGACGAGGUCAUGAACACCAACCUGCGGGGAAUUCACCUGGUCUGCCGCGCGGUCACACCUCAAAUGAUAGAGAGGGAGGAAGGGAUUAUCAUCAACAUCGGGUCGUCAUCCGGCAGGCAACCCGAGGGCGAUUUCGGAGCUUACGUGACCUCCAAAUGGGGCGUCAUAGGCUACACGGCCUCCCUUGCCCACUCCCUCCGCCCCUAUGGAAUCAACGUUAACGGCAUCAAUCCCGAUUGGGUGGACACCGAUAUGGCCAGGGCCUAUUAUCCCGACGGAGACCCGGGGUGGAUAACCGGGGAACAGGUAGCCCAGGCGGCCCUGUACCUGGCGGCUCAUGCGCCCAGGCUUAUGACCGGCCAGUUCAUCGACCUGUUUGGAGGCUGA